AUGUGCAUAUCAAGCCGGCCGGACAACAUUUUUCAAGACGCUUUUCAUCAUUGUCCCCGCCUGAAGCUGGAGAAUUUGACAUAUAAUGACAUUGAAACAUUUGUCACAGAGCGUUUUGCCAAGGAGCGGCGUGUCCAGGCCUUGAUGCGGGGCAAUCCGCAGAUUAUGGCCGACCUGGUUUCAUUCAUCGUGGACACUGCUUCCGGUGUCUUCCUAUGGGUGAGGCUUGUUGUUCACGAGCUUCUUCGAGCAGUGAGAGACGGAGCCACUUUCACCGAGCUUGUCGAUAAGGCUCAUGAAAUACCAGGUGAUCUGGACAGUUACUUUUCACGAUUUAUUGAUUCUAUACGACCGGAGUACAGACAAGAAGCUUCGUAUUUAUUCCAGAUUGUGCUCCAUGACGAGCAUUCAUUCACAAGUUUACAUGGGCUUCGGCUGCUUGACCUUGCUUCUGUGGGGACGAUGAAAAGCACCUUGCAUUCCCCAGGGGCACACAACUCCGCCCCGUUUGAUCCAGACAAUACCAACGAACUACAGUUCCGACUAGAUACUAUCACUCGUCGAAUCAACAGCAGGUGCCGCGGACUCAUCGAGUGCUACUACGUCACCGGGGACGUGGAAGAGGCGGUUGGCUUGCCAGAACUUUCAGAAUCCAGCGAGAUGGAUCACAAAGCGCCAACCCAUAUCCGCAGUACCGUGGGGUUUUUGCGUGCAUGCAAUCACCAUGUCGGCCUUAUUCAUCGUUCUCUUCGAGAUUUUCUCAUCAGUCCGAAGGUGUUUCAGAUCCUCGAAGAGUACUCUCAGGGUCCUUUCGACACAAGGUUAUUCCUGUGCAGGGCAAGACUAGCACAGAUUCAGUCGCUCGAUUAUGUGGGAGACGGCGUGCAUGCUCAGAUGGCCCUGGGCCUGGCGAGCUAUGUGCUGAGCGCCAUCGGUACUCGCGAAUUGAAGUACUCGGACGAGUCCGCUCUCAUUGCGGCUCAAUUAAGACCUGUGGUUGAGUCUCUCGGCCGCGCGCAGGUACACAGAUCGGCCAACCAGGCGUGGUAUCUUUGCUCAAGCUUCCUCCAAAGCCAAACAGAAUUUCCUGACUUUCUUGGUGUCGCCAUUGAUUUUGAUCUCGUGGCUUACCUCAGGAAAGCUCUGACGGCGGAGGCCAUCAACGAAAAACGUGGUCUUUCUGUAUUGAACUGUAUCCUCCUCUCGCGGUUUUCCGAUUAUGUGGGCUCUGAGGUAUUCAGCAUCGGCAACCGCUUUCCCAACAUUGAAGUGCUUCGCCUCGCGCUUGAGCUUGGCGCAGACCCAAAUGAGUGCGAGGUUGAAAUUUCAGUGUGGGCAGAGUUCCUCGGGUAUCUGAAAGACCUCAUGUCGCGGCCAGGUUUUCAGGAUCUAUUCGGUACCGAUGACAACAGAAAGUGUCGUCAUCAUCAGGGCUACAACCAAAUCUCCAAAGAGCCACUUCCGGCUGAGGCCCAGAAAGCGCAUGUCGAAGCUGUCAGGGCUCUUCUGGAGCACGGCGCCGAGCCCGAGCUACCCUCCUCAUGGCUCACAUCAACACUUUUGCCCUUGAGAUCCGAGCCAGAUUUGGUACCAGUCUCAGUCGUACUCAGCGAGAUGCUGGACUUUUAUUCUCAUGCACGACAGGAAUUGCAGGAGUGCAUUCGCCUUGCCGAUGACAGACUCAUGCAAAAGAGAGCAAAUCGGUGA